CCCCGCCAGACCGAGGGCGGGGAGGUGUUCUUUUCCACUACACGGAUGACUGCAAGAAAGAUGACUGGAGAUGUGAUCAGUAUCACUUUCAACACGACGGCCUACGUAAGCAGCCUAGAACUAAUCCUAAAUUUUACAAAAAUUUCUUUGUGCUGAGAACCAGUCGAGGUAAAGACAAAAGAUUCAAGAAACAUGCUUACGUUUUGCUGGAAAAUCAUAACAACUUGGUCCUGUUUCAAUAUCUCGGGGAUGAAAGUGUUGCUGUGGACCUUCCACAUGGUAAUGCAAAAGACACCUCCAAGUCUUAUACACGCCUCUGUCCUUCGGUCAUCCAGGCAUUGAAGGACACGAGAAUCAAACCUAGAGACAUACAGCAACAGCUGCAGGAACAGGCACAGACAUCUGCUGUUCCUGGGGUAAUGAUUCCUCGAUCAUUGUCUCAUAUCAGCAACACCAGGUGUCGAGAAAAGAGGAUACACAAGAAAGUUAAGAAGAAAACAAGAAAGAGAAAGAAGAAGAGGGCUUGUCGACAGACUGAACACGAAAUUCCUACUGAUCUCGCUCAGGAUCAUCUAGUUCCUGCAAGUCAUUGCACAGAAGAUGACAUUCCUCAGGCAACAGAUACCACAGGCGUAAUGUCACCACAAACAAGAUUGAAUAAACUUGCUGAACUGUGUGAAACUAUUUACCAAGAAAACAUGGCAGGGGUAUCUCACAGGGAGGACGGUUGUGAUAGUAGGAUCAAUGCCUCAGUUGUUGAGAAUCUUUCAGAUAAUACUGUGCAGUCUGUGCAGUCAAACACAGACCGUAUGUAUCCUAGCAGCAGUCAACAGACAUCUCCGGUGACAGCUACAAGUUCUGGAAAUGCUGUAAACUUGAAUAUGUCAAGCCUUGGUCCUGUGUAUGAACUGGGACCACCACAAACUAUUUGUCUGAUCAUUCCAGAUGAUGGAGUGUCUUCAACUGGUGUUCAAGUCACGGAUUCUGUUGUAACACUUGAUAACAAUGCUGAAACUGUGCCAAACCUGGACAGAGAUGGGCAUGCAACCAGUUCUCAUUCUGAUACUCUUCAACAACAUAAUGUUACAUCUGAAACUGUAACAGCUCCUGGUGCUCUGGAAUGCUUCUUUGAAUCUCAAAACAGCUCAGGGCAGCUCACUUGUGUCAUUGCACUGAUGAAAGAAACCUUGAGGACAGAAGUUGAGCGCGAAUCGAAGGAGUCAGAUUCUUUGUUAACCUCAGGAUCUGUCUGUUCUCAAACUUUACCUGUAAGGUGUAUUGGGGAGUCAGCCUCAAACGACAAGCCACCUGUACCACAAACUGCUGUUUCUCUUGUUGCUCAAGUAUCCAGACUGUGGGCAGGAGACUUCAGAAGGGCACAGCAGUUAAUACUAAGGUCACAUUUCGCAGGACAAGACAUUCAGAAUGAUACUCCACUGUUGGAAGUGCUGUCAGCAGUUAUUGUUGGAGCCUUUGAAGCUAAAUUGGAUUGUCUGGCAUUUCUAGAAACCUUGAAGAUUUACCCGCAUCAUUUACAGACAGCAUGGAGUGAACAGAAAACGAUAGCUGUUGAUCCUGCCGCUUCAUACCGGAUUGGAACCUACACAGUCUCCGGAAGCGACAUCCUCAGGUUAGAAGGCACAUCCUGGCUGGAUGACAGUGUCGUCCAUGCCUAUCUGUCCCUGGUCCAGAAGCAACACACUGAUGCCAGAUCACAAGCUGUCUGGAUAAUGGAAUGUUUCCAGUAUAAACUGUGGGAAAAGCACAACUACUCUCAGUGGUUACAUGAACAGACUGAGUUCAAGAAGUACGACCUGCUGCUGAUGCCCAUCUGUGUCAACAGUCACUGGCUUCUGCUUGCAGCCAAUGUCCGGGACAGAACAGUGUGUGUUAUUAACUCUCGACCUUCAAAAGAUCUGGAAACAGAAGUUUCCCAGCACUGGAUGAAGUAUAUGGAGUGCCGGAGCAGGGUCAUGGAAGAAGAACUCAGGUCCUGGAGUCUGGUGCAGUGCCCAGUGUUCCCACAGACAGAUGGCAGCAGCUGUGGAGUCUUCGUUCUCAUGGCUGCAGAAGCCCUUGCUGCAAGAGUCUCCCCAUGCUUGAUGAGGAACUGCCAUGUGGCUGCGUAUCGACAGUAUGUGAAACAGAGGCUGAUGUCCGCUGUGGUGCUGGCUGUUGAUGAGCAAGCAGAAACUGUGAUGUCAAUGGAAUUUGCCCAGGAAGAGAUCCAAGUAACUGAUGUGUCUGGCAGUGAAUCGACACCUGACGUGUCGAACAGUAAUCUGACACCUGGUGUUUCAGGCAGUGAACUGACACCUGAUGUGUCAGGCUGUAGGCCGACACCUAUGGAUUGUGAAAUGAAUGAAACUGAAAAUGUAAACGUUUCAGCGAAAACUCUAUUAUCCAAGGAGGAGAGUACAGGUUCUUCCAUGGCUGAAAUAGAUCAUGUUCAUUCAGAUGCCACUUCCCUUGGCCAUGUAGAGACAACUAGAGACAGAAACUACAGUGUUAGAAGUAGCAUCCCAUAUGAAUGUAAUGGGUCUCAGACAAACGAGGAAGAUAUGAAGAUUGAAGUUGCAAAGGAUUCUGUACAGGAUCACUCAGGGCAGAUGGAAUCAGGGUCUUGUGUAAACACUCUUGAUCAUGUUUCAACACGGUCACAGUGUGAGGCUUUAUUUGAAAGCCAGAAGCCAAACUUUUCAGCUCUGAUGCUACUUUGUUUGGAGAAAGGAAAACUGAUGACUUCAAACCCGGAUGAUGCAGCAGAAGAGUGCCCUCUACAGGGGCACAUGAGGUGGUCCUGUCAAUUGACCAGAAUUGACGAAAUGAGUAAAGAUCAGUUUAGACAGUGCUUACAUGGCCUGACUGGGUCAUUGCUCACAUCACAGGAUACAGUAGUACAGUUCAGGUAUAAAGAUACACAAUUUCAUGUAGAAGCAAUCAUCAAGGCUGCUGCUGUUGAAUAUAUCUGUGAACUAGAUCCUUUGUUUAUAUACAGACACGUGAAGGUGCUCUGGGCGUCUUUGAAGAAUGACCCAGGAUUUACCAUUUACUUGGAUAAGAGCAGACAGAAGGAUUUGGCAUUACACUUUGCAACAGAGAUAGAAAAACACAACUUUGCUUUUACUUUGACUCAUCAAGCUUGUGGAAAGCAUACUUUUGCUUCAACAUUAGUACGAUCCAUUGGAAUGGGUACCUCAGUACACAGAAAUGUAAGAGAACUUUUUAAAACAUGUGAUAAAACUCAUGGUGGUACCUUCCUGAACUGGAUAUGUUUUGGAAGAAAUGCUGAAUUAUACAAAGUGCUUUCAAGUUACAUGACUGAAGAGGAGAGGAAGGAAUGUGUCAUACCGUGUUGUGUGAGUGGCAAUUCAGAAAUACUGCAUCUACUUCUAGAAGAUAUGGAACUGGAUGUAAUUCUAUCCUUGUCACCCGGCUUACAAGUAGUCUAUGGCAUUGACAUUUGUAAGGGGCAAACUGAAUGUCUCCAAACUCAUCAUCUUCCCCACUACAUCUCUGCCUCCUAUUACGGACAUGCAGACAUCGUUCAGCUGCUGCUUCAGUAUGGAUGUGAUGUAAAUGCCCAGCUGGAGCCCCAGCUGGUGAGGCAGGACACGUCGCUGCCAGAUCAACACCAGCUGCUGAAUAAAGAUGGAAACACACCUGUUCAUCUAGCCUGCCAAGAGGGAAGAAUAGAUGUUGUUGAUAUUCUGCUUAAAAGAAAUGCAGAUCUCACCAUACUAAACUUUGACAACUGUUCACCAUUACAUGUUUGGGCCUGUAAGAAUGGUCAUAUUGAUACAGUCAAACUGUUGAUAGAGAAAGGAGCUGAUGUAUCUGCUGCUGAUGGUCAUGGUAACACACCUCUGUCAUGGGUCUGUGUGACUGGUCAUAUUGAUAUUGUCAAACUGUUGAUAGAGAAAGGGGCUGAUGUAUCUACUGCUCGUGGUUAUCGUUACACACCUCUGUCAUGGGCCUGUAAGAAUGGUCAUAUUGAUAUAGUCAAACUGUUGAUAGAGAAAGGGGCUGAUGUAUCUGCUGCUGAUGGUAAUGGUGACACACCUCUGUCAUGGGCCUGUGAGAAUGGUCAUAUUGAUAUUGUCAAACUGUUGAUAGAGAAAGGGGCUGAUGUAUCUACUGCUCGUGGUUAUCGUGACACACCUCUGUCAUGGGCCUGUGAGAAUGGUCAUAUUGAUAUUGUCAAACUGUUGAUAGAGAAAGGGGCUGAUGUAUCUACUGCUCGUGGUUAUCGUGACACACCUCUGUCAUGGGCCUGUAAGAAUGGUCGUAUUGAUAUUGUCAAACUGUUGAUAGAGAAAGGGGCUGAUGUAUCUGCUGCUCGUGGUUAUGGUUACACACCUCUGUCAUGGGCCUGUGAGAAUGGUCAUAUUGAUAUAGUCAAACUGUUGAUAGAGAAAGGGGCUGAUGUAUCUGCUGCUGGUGUUUAUGGCUACACACCUCUGUCAUGGGCCUGUGAGAAUGGUCAUAUUGAUAUAGUCAAACUGUUGAUAGAGAAAGGGGCUGAUGUAUCUGCUGCUGAUGGUUAUCGUUACACACCUCUGUCAUGGGCCUGUAAGAAUGGUCACAUUGAUAUUGUCAAACUGUUGAUAGAGAAAGGGGCUGAUGUAUCUGCUGCUGAUGGUAAUCGUUACACACCUCUGUCAUGGGCCUGUGGGAAUUGUCAUAUUGAUAUUGUCAAACUGUUGAUAGAGAAAGGGGCUGAUGUAUCUGCUUCUGAUGGUGAUGGUUACACACCUCUGUCAUUGACCUGUGAGAACGGUCAUAUUGAUACAGUCAAACUGUUGAUAGAGAAAGGGGCUGAUGUAUCUGCUGCUGAUGGUGGUGGUGACACACCUCUGUCAUGUGCCUGUAAGAAUGUUCAUAUUGAUAUUGUCAAACUGUUGAUAGAGAAAGAGGCUGAUGUAUCUGCUGCUGAUGGUGAUGGUUACACACCUCUGUCAUGGGCCUGUAAGAAUGGUCAUAUUGAUACAUUCAAACUGUUGAUAGAGAAAGGGGCUGAUGUAUCUGCUGCUGAUUGUAAUGGUGACACACCUCUGUCAUGGGCCUGUAAGAAUGGUCAUAUUGAUACAGUCAAACUGUUGAUAGAGAAAGGAGCUGAUGUAUCUGCUGCUGAUGGUCAUGGUAACACACCUCUGUCAUGGGUCUGUGUGACUGGUCAUAUUGAUAUAGUCAAACUGUUGAUAGAGAAAGGGGCUGAUGUAUCUGCUGCUGCUGGUGUCACACCUCUGUCAUGGGCCUGUGAGAAUGGUCAUAUUGAUACAGUCAAACUGUUGAUAGAGAAAGGGGCUGAUGUAUCUGCUGCUGAUUGUGAUGGUGACACACCUCUGUCAUGGGCCUGUAAGAAUGGUCAUAUUGAUACAGUCAAACUGUUGAUAGAGAAAGGAGCUGAUGUAUCUGCUGCUGAUGGUCAUGGUAACACACCUCUGUCAUGGGUCUGUGUGACUGGUCAUAUUGAUAUUGUCAAACUGUUGAUAGAGAAAGGGGCUGAUGUAUCUGCUGCUAAUGGUCAUGGUAACACACCUCUGUCAUGUGCCUGUAAGAAUGGUCAUAUUGAUAUAGUCAAACUGUUGAUAGAGAAAGGGGCUGAUGUAUCUGCUGCUGAUGGUCAUGGUAACACACCUCUGUCAUGGGCCUGUAAGAAUGGUCAUAUUGAUACAGUCAAACUGUUGAUAGAGAAAGGGACUGAUGUAUCUGCUGCUGCUGGUGACACACCUCUGUCAUGGGCCUGUAAGAAUGGUCAUAUUGAUAUAGUCAAGCUGUUGAUAGAGAAAGGGGUGGAUGUAUCUGCUUUAGGAUAUAAUAUGAACAUAUCGGCAGGUUGGUUUACCAAAGGAGAAAGAGAAGUUGUCUCUUUGUUGCUGAAAGAAGUGUUACCUAAACAUGUAACAUCGUUGUCCGACUAUUGUCACAGAUCAUUGAUUGAUUGGGUCUUUUCUUCUGAAAGUCAAGAUAUAGUAAAACAUGUUUGUGAUAGAUCUGAUCAGAAAUCUUUCCCAGGCAGGCUAUGUCAGUCUUCACUGGAGAAAGCUGUUGUGAAGGGUGAUGCAUAUGGCGUUUGGUUGAUCACAGAAUACGCGACGCCAGUGUUCUCCAAUGAUCUUCUCUUGAGUCUCAUGUCAGCAGCUAUAGAGAAGCGUCACAUUGCAGUUUUUCAAAUGCUGCACUGCAUCCCGCAUGUUCAUGAUUCCAGUGACACAUUAGUUCAGAAAGCAUGUCAUUAUGGAUUGGUAGAAGUCUGUAAUGUCCUGCUAAGAUGUGGAUCUAAUCACUCUGGAGUAUGUUUCACGAAGCACUCAAAGUGAAAAAUGUUG